UUCGUGCCCUAACAUACCAAAAAUCUUGAAGAACGUAAAUUAUUAGGGAAUUAUGUAAACUUUCUAGUAAAAGGAAACUGAUUUUACGAAAUCCAGUCAUUAAUUUCCAGACUUUCUACAACACAGCAUGAAGAAUUUCGGCAUCGUUUUAAUCCUGGUUUUCCUAGUACUAGAAAUCCAAGGUAAAUGCGACUUGCCUAUUCCAGAAUAUAUUCACCCUCUAUGUGGUAUUGCUAGAGAGUGUGUUUUCGAUGGAGGAAAUAUAGAGGACAUCAAAAAUGAAUCGUGUAGGCGUAGGGAACAGGGAAAAGCACCAUUUUUGAGAAUCGAAAAUGGAUAUUGUGAAGAGGAGCACACCCAGUGUCCAAGGUCCAAUUGAAAUACCAAAAUGACAAAUACUUUUCUCCAUGAAAUAAUAAAGGAAAAUGUUCCGGUAUUUACGCCGAGGAACUUUACAAA